AUGCGUUCUACAUUGUGCGUAUUCGUUUUUCAAUGGAUCAUUGUAUCGACUGUGGAUCUGUCGUUUAUGACCAAACCAGAUACGUGGGCAGCGUGCGACAGCUUAGGACGUGUGCUGCCUACUUACGAACAAGUGGGCGAUAUUAAACCGAAUAAAUCCAUUGGAAUUUUCUAUUUUCUUUGGGCUGAAAACGAAGCCAGUUUCAAAACAGGGCCUUAUGACAACACCCAAAUUUUGGCAAAAGCUAAUGGAAGUUUAAUCAAUGCAACAUGGGGCCCGUUGAACAGCUUUCACCAUUGGGGCCAGCCAUACUUCGACUACUACCUGAUGGAUGAUGACUUCGUCAUUCGAAAACAUGCGCAAAUGCUUGCUGAUGCCGGCGUUGACACACUCAUAUUUGACGCGACAAAUGCGUUCACGUAUGACAAUAUAUGGUCGAAAAUUGGUAGUAUCUAUCUUGAUAUGCGUUCGAGAUCCAUACGCACGCCACAAUUUUGUUUUAUAACGUGGUCGUCAACUGAGCAAACAGUUCGACACUUGUAUGAUUACUUAUAUAGUCAUAAUCUCUAUCGGGACUUGUGGUUUAUGUGGCAAGGUAAACCAUUGAUAUUUGCCAAUCCGACUAGUUUUCCGUCUGAUCUGCUGAACUUUUUUACUAUACGAGAAUCUUGGGCUUGGACGAAAGGGCAAGCAUGGUAUGGUGAUGGUCAUGGUAAAUGGCCAUGGAUCGACAAUUAUCCGCAAGGGCCUGGUCUCAGCGAAACAGGUCAAUUAGAACAAACAUGUGUAACAGUAGCCGGACAUCCUGUAAUGAAUAUCGGCCGUUCAUUCGAUGGCCCAACUCAACAUGAACCUGACAUAACUAAUCCAUUGAACGGCACAUACUUUUCUCAACAAUGGGAGCGGGCAUUAACUAUUGAUCCGGCAUUUAUCUUUGUUACUGGAUGGAAUGAAUGGAUCGCACAACGUUUCGUGCAAACAAGCGCUCAAAACAGUUUCAUUGGAAAACAAUGGCCUAUCGGUACAACGUAUUUCGUUGAUGAAUUCAUUGAAGAAUAUUCACGCGAUAUUGAGCCUAUGCUUGAUGGUCAUGGUGAUAACUACUAUUAUCAAUUGAUUAGUUAUAUUCGCCGUUAUAAAGGUAUGUCAAAACCAGAUACCGUAUCAUUACCGAAAACCAUUCUAAUUAAUAUGGAUUUUACUCAAUGGAACAAUGUCACACCUUAUUACGUCGAUGAUUCAUUCGAUAUUCCAUCACGUGAUCACCCACGCUAUGGUGAUCAGGGCGGGAAAUUGAUUGAUCGUAGUCAACGCAACGAUCUGGCUACUAUGCAAAUCGCACGUGAUAAUCGCUCUCUCUACUUUCAUCUACGUACCAAUGGACGAUUCGUCGACGGGAAUAAUUUUACUUGGUUGUUUCUCAACACGGACAAUAACUAUUCAACAGGUUGGGUCGGUUUCGAUUAUUUAGUUGAUUUAGGUGAAAGUCAAUUGAAGAAAAAUGUCAAUAAUACAGAUCAUUGGCAAAACCAGCAAAUUGUCGAUAUUGUCAAUAACAAUAACAAUGAAUUGCACUUUUCUCUUUCACGUCAGUCCCUUCAAAUCAAUCAAACAGAAAUCUACUUACAAUUCAAAUGGUUCUCAGCUGAUAUGUUAUAUACAAUUAAUCCACUUCAUUUUAUUGAUAAAGGAGAUUCAGCACCCAAUGGAAGAUUUACAUACACAUAUCUAACUAAUCAGUCAUAA